AUGCCCCCACACCAUGGUGCUCCUGCGAAUGUCCGCAUCUUUAUCCAUGUAAUUAGCGGCGGCCAAGGGGACAACCUAGGAUUUGGUACUGAUGAAGGGAUGGAGAUGGGGUUGGUGGCUGGAGCGCAGGUGGACGGAGAGCCAGUAGAUGAAUCUUCAGUAGAUUGCAUUAUGGGCGGAAGACAUGGUGGCGGAGGUGUUUGCCAGCAUCAAGGACGAGCGGUUCGGAGAGGAAGCGGCGGAGGUGCCAGAACCGGCGCGGCGCAGGGUGGCACCGACGUCGUCGACGUGGGCUGCGACCUGCUCAACUCCGAGGUCAUGAACUCGUUCCUCAACGUGGCCGACAUCGCCACCUCGGGCAUCGUGAGCGAGCCCGCGCUGCGGGCAAUCUACGACGCCUAUGCCGCCACGGUCGCGCGGAUGCUCACCCAAAGGUGGCACGAGCCCGUGGCCAGGAUGGCCGCCGCGCUGUACACGUGGCACAUUCAAAACGACCGGCACAUGUUCCUCCGUCGUGCUCUCCUUGGAUGGCCCAAGGCCCGCAAGUCGCCGGCGCGGCCCCAGCGCGAGGCAGACUUCAACGAGGUCUUCGACGCCGACUUCCACACCACCGGCUUCAGCAGGCACCUCGACCCCGAGUACGCCUGCGACGGCGGCGAGGAGACCUGCAACCACGUCCGCCGCUUCCUCGAUCGCCAGGAUGAGGACCUGCUCGGCGCCUUCUGGUCGUCUCUCGUCACCAGCCCGCUCGAGUACGUCCGGCAGGGCGAGGUGGAUGAGCAGCGCGAGUACCACCUCGUCGAAUCCUCGCGCCUGCAAAUGGCCCAGCUCUUCUCCAAGGGCCUCGUCGUCGAAAUGGUCUGGCUGAUCAACCAUGCGAACCACCACACCUGGCAGGUGAACUACCUGUUCGAGGCCGCCAUGUUUGGCAGCAUCCUGGACGGCGGAGCAUUGAUAGGGAAGCUCGACCGGGCAGAGGGCGAGGAAGAGCAAGACCGAAAGAUCGAGUAA